AUGGUGCUGGGGGUGAGUGUGUUUGCCAUCACCACCAGCAGCAUCCUCAACUUCAAGCUAAUGAUCCAGCGGAUCACGCAGAAGAAUGCGCUCAUCUACUUCAACGGCUACGGCUGCUACUGCGGGAAGGGCGGGCGAGGGAAGCCGAAGGACCCCACAGACACGUGUUGCUAUAACCACGAAUGCUGCUAUGAACAUUUGCAUCACCAAGGUUGCCACCCCUACAUCGACCACUACAGAUACCUGAUCAUCAACAACAGUGUCCUGUGUAAGCGCAAGGACACCUCCACGUGCGCCACCUCGGCCUGCGAGUGCGACAAACACGCCAGCUUGUGCUUCAAAAGGGAAGCGGCCACCUACAACCACAAACUGCGACAUUAUCCCGCUGUUAUGUGCAAAGAGGUGACCCCCAAGUGUUUCCUCGGCCCCGAGUUUUGA